AUGCCUGUCAGGAAAUGGAACGAUGCGGAAAAGCUCACUCUCCUCCGAACUGCCAUUGCGUGUUCCCCAAACUUCAAACUCGAUGCCAACAAAGUCUCUGAGAUGUGGCCCGGUGAUGACGACAAUGCAAAGCCCACUGUUCGCAGCGUUCGCGAUAACUUUCACAGCAUCAUGAAGCACGCUCAAGACCUCGAGGCCCUGCGUCAAAUCAAGCAAGGAGGAGCAGCUGCGAAAGACGAGGACGAGGACGAAGACAAGAACGCCGACCACAAAGCAAAGUCAGUCUUUGCUGUCCCUUCUGCACCCUCUGCAACUACAUCAUCCAUGACCAAGUCUUCAGACUCAAAGAACCCAGUCACAACUCCACGCCGCGGUCUGACUCUCAUGAACAAGCGCUCCACUGCGAAUAAAUCAAGCACCGGAUCCAAGCGCAAGGGCCGUGCCGAGACACCCUGCUCCGACGACGAGAUGCGGUCAGCAAGCGAGACCACCUCAGGCGAUGAGGUUGAAGUUGACACGCCAACGCCACUGGCUCGGAAGACCUUGCCGGUGCGAAAGACUCGCCGUGCCGCCAGGGCCCCGUCCGAGGACGUGCUUGGUGGCGCGGCGGCCGAGGUGGUUGAUGAAGGGGCGAAGCAAGUGGAUACCGAGGGCUCCGAUGGGGAGUACGACCUUGCGAAAGAGCGGGAGAAGAAGGCGGCCCGCAAGGCCAAGCUUGCAAAGCAGGCCGCGAAGCAGGCCGCAAAGCGGGCUCGCAAGUGA